UCUGCACUAGGGGUCCCUGUUUCGCACAAACACUGGGCGGCGGCCCCAAAAAUCUUGAACUCAUCGUCCAGAAUAUGGUGCCUCUACCUUAGGAGCCCAGAGUACUGCCUGACUAGGACGAACCUCUCGUGCCCUUGUCGGGCAGAAAAGCAGCCUUGAAACAGCAUCUUGGAGCAAGACAGAAGCUGAUUCUGGAGGCAACAAAUUUGCUGAUAAGAGCGGGACGCAGACAAACCAUUCCGAGACGGAAACGGCGACCCGGCAGCGGCACAGAUAAGCGAGGUCCUCGUUGCAGCGCGUUGGAAGGGCGGGGUCCUCCUGGCGGGGCCUGGGCGGAUGAGGUCACUCUUUGUGGUGGCUGCCGUUGGCAAGAUGGCGCCGGUGCUGGCGGAGAAGAAGCUGCUGGGGCCGGACGGGCUCGUGGCUGCCGAGUUCCCCAGCGAGGAGGAUGAAGGGCAGAGCCUUUGGCACUCAAUACUGAGUGAAGUUUCAACGCGAUCCAGGUCUAAAUUACCCUUGGGCAAAAAUAUUCUUGUCUUUGGUGAUGAUGGCUCAGGCAAAACAACACUAAUGAUUAAAAUACAAGGAGCAGAGCAUGGCAAGAAAGGAAGAGGCCUGGAAUACCUGUACCUGAACAUCCAUGAUGAAGACAGAGAUGAUCAGACCCGUUGUAACGUUUGGAUUCUUGAUGGGGACUUGUACCAUAAAGGGCUCUUGAAAUUUGCUGUUUCAGCAGAAUCGUUGCAAGAGACCCUUGUUAUCUUUGUGGCAGAUAUGUCUAGACCCUGGACUAUUAUGGAAUCCUUACAAAAAUGGGCCAGUGUUUUGCGUGAACAUAUUGAUAAGCUGAAAAUUCCCCCUGAAGAGAUGAGAGACAUGGAACAACAGUUUGUGAAGGCUUUUCAGGAAUAUGUAGAACCUGAAGAAGGCUAUCAGGGAUCACCACGAAGAGGUCCAUCAGGACAAGAUGAUGGAGAUGUAAUUCUACCACUUGGAGAUAAUGUUCUGACUCAUAACCUCGGGAUCCCUGUGAUAGUAGUUUGUACAAAGUGUGAUGCAAUGAGUGUAUUAGAAAAGGAACUUGACUACAGAGAAGAACAUUUUGACUUUAUUCAGUCGCACAUUCGUAGAUUCUGCUUGCAAUAUGGAGCAGCCUUGAUCUACACAUCGGUUAAAGAGGAAAAGAAUCUUGACUUGUUGUAUAAGUACAUUGUACAUAAAACAUAUGACUUUCACUUUCUCACACCUGCCUUAGUGGUAGAAAAGGAUGCAGUUUUCAUACCUGCUGGCUGGGACAACGAAAAGAAAAUUUCAAUCCUACACGAAAACUUCACAACAGUGAAACCAGAAGAUCCGUAUGAAGACUUCAUUGUAAAACCACCUGUAAGAAAGUUAGUUCAUGAUAAAGAGCUUGCAGCAGAAGAUGAACAAGUGUUUCUUAUGAAGCAGCAGUCUUACCUUGCCAAGCAGCCAGCUACACCUACAAGAGCUUCUGAAUCUCCUGCACGAGGCCCUUCUGGAUCGCCAAGACCCCAGAGCAGGGCAGGCCCUGCCAGUGUCCCCAGUGCCUCACCAAUAGCAUCUGUUAAGAAGCCAGAUCCAACAAUUAAGAAUAAUGCUGCAAGUGAAGGUGUGCUAGCCAGCUUCUUCAACAGUCUCUUGAGUAAAAAGACUGGCUCUCCUGGGAGUCCUGGUGCAGGUGGAGUGCCGAGUACAGCCAAAAAAUCAGGACAAAAGACGGUUUUGACGAAUGUUCAAGAAGAACUGGACAGAAUGACUCGCAAACCAGACUCUAUGGUAACGUCCAACUCUUCUCCAACAGAGAAUGAAGCUUGAUAAUGCUUGAAUCUGCAUAUGUAAAUGACCAAAUAACUAUGUACAUUGAUCUGAUAAGACCAGGAGUUCUCUGCUAUGGCAGAUGCUAUACAUUUUUCUUGGGGCAGGGGGAAAUGAAAUUUAAUCUUCAUUGGCUUGUCCCAAUAUCAAGUGCACAUUCAGGAAGUUUUGCAUAUAAAAUUCCUCUGUUUUAAGAUAGCCAUUUUAGAAUAUAAAUAGGGCAAUUCUCUUGAUUUGGGUGGCAAACAAGGUGCAGCCUAGGGAAGAGCACAGAGAAGUGAGAUGCGGGAUUCCUAUUGAAAAGCCACUAGUGGCUUCUGGCACUAAGGAAGAAUGAAGUCCCUUUUCCCAAAUGUCCAGGAGUUGGCCAUUCAAAACAUACUUGUACCUGGAGAGAAUCUGGUGUAGUAGACUGGUGGUUAGAUGAAGAGUGUGUAAAAUGCUGCGUUUACAAGGAGAAAUGCAAGAUCUGGCUCAGAAGUGAAAAGUAUGUCAGACAGACUGGAGAAAAGCAGUAUUAAUUCAUCCUGUGUUGAAUAUAGAUCAGAUAAUCACGUUUUGAAAACAAAAGCCUUUACAAUUGGAAAGUGUCCAAAGCUUUUACACUGAGUAUCAUGGGAAUAUUUCUUGUUCUAAAUUGCAUUUUUUAGUUCUAACGAAGCUACAUAAAAUGUGGUGGGUGCCCUUUUUGUCAUAGUUGACAUAGGGAGAAGCUUGAUUAGACCAAGUGCCUGGCACAGUGAGUGAUAUCUUUUAGAAGGUGCUUGAAAUUGAACCUCUUGUGCACUGUAAUACAAACAGUUCUUUGUUCGUUUGACUUUAUUUUAAAUAACUUGGUAACUUUUGAUAGCUGUGUUUAACUUUGAAUCCUGUUUUCUAAUAGCUUCUGCCUUGGGUUGCUUUUUCUCUUAAAUGCCAACGACCUGGCCUGUUAAGAGCAAUGAGUGACAUAUCGCUUUCCCAUGAUAAAAAGUGUUACAGAAUACAAAUCUCUCUCACUCUUCAGUAACUGAAAACUCAAUCCUGCCUUAAAGUUUUUGAAACCUGUGAUGAAUUUCUUGUAGGCUCACAAGAAUCUUGUUCCAAACUGCAGUAAAUUAUUAAGAGUCUGUAGGUGUGCAUUGUUAAAAUGUAAUACCUAAAGACUUCAUUAUAACCCUUCGUUGUAGCCUUUCAAAUGUGGAAAGAAAUCUUACGGUUGUCCCUCAUUGCUACUCAGAUUAGUACCCAUGGCCAGCUUGAGCUAUAGUUCUAUGGAAGACUCCCACAUGAACUGAAAUGGCACUUUUGCGUUUCUGUAUGAUAUAUUUGAAAAAGAAACACUACCUUGCGUUAAUAGUACCAAACAUUGUUGUUAUCAACACACAGAAGGGGAAAAAAACCACCGUAUGAAUUAUGCAGAGUUUACUUUUUAUUGAUAAGUAUUUGUGUGUUAUGCUGAAUCUUGUUUCUGAAUAGAACACCCCUAAUAUUUAUAUAUACAUACAUAUAUAUAUUGUUAACUACACAGAAUGAAUUGACCACUAACACAGUAAUGGAUGUAAUUGGAAACCCUGUGUUACAUCAAGAGGCCAUCUUUGUUUUUGUAAGUCUGUCUUAACACUAUCUAGAAAGCUAAGAGUAUUUACUUGCAUUAACACAGAAGCAUGUGCCAGUUAUGUCUUUUUCAUUUGGGUUAGUUUUUUUUUACAUUUUUGUAAGUUUCAGAACCUCAGUUUCAUCCACAGUUGCCUGGAUCUUAAAUUGACAAGUUGUGGUUGGGGCAAUUUGUGGUUCUGCUGCCUUUUAUAAUCUGGCAUAUAAUUCGCCAGAUGCACAUUAAAGAAAAAUGUAGCCACCCCAGCAGAUGUGACUUGCAUCCUGUCUUCGUGGCAUGCAGCUUUAGUGUACUGUUAGGCAGCUGCGUGUUUUAUGCCAUGUAUAAGCACAUAGCAACUUGGGAUGGUUAAGUUCAUGCUGGGUUCUAGCAGAGGGAACUUUACCACUGUCUCCACCUCCUUGCCACAUUUGCAAAUGGCAUAGAACCAGCCUCAUGAGUGGCAGGCCAGUCGAGAGCUGAUUUUGGCUGCCUAGAGAGUUUUAGGAAAUGACAUCAUGGAAGUAAGUUGGACAAGAAAGUGUUUUGUGAUGGCAUGUGGUUCCAAUGCAAGCCUUCAGUACACAACUGCCUCUUUCUGUUGAUGAUUUGGCAUUCAAGCAUAUAGUUCACUUUGUGUAUCGAUAUUGUGUACAAGCGGCUACUGAAUUUUUUCUAAUUUUCAUAAAAUCAAUGUUAGAGCUGCUGCAAAUGAGCAAAAGCCAAUAAUUUACUACUUGCCAGUUGCGCAAAAGAAUGCUUGGAGCCAAACAGAAGUCUGAUUCCUCCCCCCCCCGCACUCACAUUUCCUCUUUGCAAGUGAAUGCUCCCAGUUUCUCAAAGAGCUGUAAGUAAUGUAGUAUUCUUCGAUUGCCAAAGUCUAGCAACUUUGGAAAGCUGCACAGUUGUCUUUUCAGAUGUUCUCAAGCAUUGGAACCAAAGGCCAAACUGCAAAAAGCCUUUACAUUAAAAAAAAUACACUUAACUUUAUUUUUCAGGAUACACUUGUAUGGUAGACUGUUAAAAUUAUUACAAGGCGAUAUUUAUAUACGGUAUAGUGAUUUCAUCUACUGUUCAUGUUUAAACUAAAGUAAUAAUCUAUUCAACUUGAAGAGAAGGCAAAUAUAAAGGAUUAAGGAUUCGCCCUCCAUCAAAAUGCUGUGUUUAUGCUGCUUGAUUUUUUUUUAAGUUUGCACUUUUUAUUGGCAUUUUAAAACUUGUUUAAAUUGAACAGGACUUGUAUUUAAUUUAAUUUAACUACAAUGAAAAUGACUGAACUUAACCAUAUCCAUAAUGUAAAUGAAAGUUCACUCUUCUAUAUGACUAAGUUUAUUGAUGUUUUUAACUUCCAAUGAGGACUGCAGAUGUAUCCAACACAACCCUUAGUCCAGUUGUAUGGCUUUAACCAGGUGCAGUCACGUGGAAUCUUGCUUUCUAGUGCUGGCAAAAAUGAGGACAUGUCUUUAAUUAAUGGCUUCAAUAAACACCAACCAAGACUGCU